CCGCCCGCGAGCCGCCAGUGAGCCGCCCGUCGCGACACCAGCGCCGCCCGAGCCGCCCGACAGCCCAGCAGCCCGAGCCGCCGGAGCCGCCCGCGCCGCCCCAGCAACCCGAGCCGCCCGAGCCGCCCGAGCCGCCCGAGCCGCGCGAGCCGCCCGAGCCGCCCCAGCCGCCCGAGCCGCCUGAGCCGCCCGAGCCGCCCGAGCCGCCCGCGCCGCCCCAGCAACCCGAGCCGCCCGAGCCGUGCCGCUCUGCUGCCAUGGCCACCCCCAAUGUUCUUACUUUUGACGCUGAGGGGAGGGCCAUUGACUUUGCCGUCUGGAUUGAAGACCUGCAGCUGUACUUACUGUGUGAUGCGAUAGAUGAGGUCUCUCUCUUUGACUUUGUCUCUGGCGCUGUCCCUGCCCCACCUGCUGAUGCUGACUCUGCCGUUCGCUCCAAGUGGGCGACCCGCGAUGCUGCUGCACGUCUUGCUGUGCGUCGCCACCUCCCUUCCUCUGAGCGUGCCCACUUUAGUCAGUGCAAGACCGCUCAGGCCUUGUACGACGCUGUAGUUGCACGCUACUCCUCCCCUUCCUCCGCUACCCUUAGCCGCCUCAUGCUACCGUUUCUCUUCCCUGACCUCGCCUCCUUUCCCACUGUUGCUGACCUCGUUACCCACCUCCGUGCUAGUGACACCCGCUACCGCACUGCCCUUCCUGCUGAGUUCCGCGCUGCGAACCCUCCUCCCAUGUACAUCACUCUCUACUUUCUCGUCACCCGUCUCCCUGAGUCCCUUCGUGUCGUUAGGGACCAGUUUCUCUCUGUCUGUCCCACCACUCUCACUGUCGACCUCCUUGAGGAGUCCCUGCUAGCGGCUGAGAAGAGUAUUGUCGCUGUAGGGGCCUCUCGGGGUGACCCUCGCACCCCCAUCUUUGAGGGGUGUGGUCCUUCCCCCCUGCUGCCCUCUGUCGCCUCUGCCGCUGCGGCCGACCUCACUGGUUUUGAGUCGGUCGGCGCGGCGUCUGCCCCCAGCGGCAGACGCCGCUCUGGCAAGGGCAAAGGGGGCAAGGGAGCGGGUGGAGCUAGAGGGGGCGGUGGAGGAGGCGGUGGGGGUGGCGGGGGGAGUGGGGGUGGCGGUGGGGGUGGUGGCGGGAGUGGAGGUACUGGUGGCGGCGGUGGAGGCGGAGGUGGCGGCGGAGGUGGUAGCGGAGGAGGCGGUGGGAGCGGUGGGAGCGACGGUCCUGGUGGGGGAGGUGGCGGUGGAGACGGGGGUGGCGGUGGAGGCGGGGGUGGCGGUGGAGGCGGGGGUCGGAGUGGCUCGUCCCAGCGGAGCAGCUCUGGGGGUGGUCAGCGCCAGCAGCAGCAGCAGCAGCAGCAGCAGCAGCCGCAGCAGCAGCCACAGCAGCAGCAGCGCUCUCGCACCGUGACCGUGCAGGGGAGAGGUGUGGAGGCGCCCACACAGCCCGCCGCUGCUUUGGCCGCCUGA